ACACAACACUCAUCUCCUACUCUUAAGAUUUUAAAGAACUUUUCUGAGUUCAUAUAGUGGUAAAACAGAAGAGAAAAUAUUGGAUAUAACACACAAAAAUGAUGAACCGGAUCAUUGUGGUGUUGUUUACCUUGCUGUAUCUUCAAACAGCACUUGCACGCGAAGUCUGCUACGGCGACUUGGAAUGUUUCGAUAACUCGGCUUCCUGUCACUCACUUCGCUUCCCGCCCGAUUCGCCGGCCGCGGUCAACACCCAGUUCUUCCUCUACACGCGGUCGAACCAAGCCCAGAACGACUACCAUCUCCUCGACCGUACCGACGACGAGAAGCUAAGAUCGUCGCUCUUCGAUGGCCAACUCAAGACCAAGUUCAUCAUCCAUGGCUACACCGAUACCAUCUUUUCUGAUUACUUCCAAGCGAUCAAAGAUUCGCUUCUCAAUAAAGAGGAUAUGAACGUGAUAAUGGUGGAUUGGAAUGAUGGGGCUGUGGGAGGGUACAAUUACCUGUGCCGUCAAAACACCCGGGUGGUUGGGCGAGAGAUAGCCAUGCUUGCACGUGCUCUGAACAGAGUACAUGGUGCUGUGUACGGUGACAUGCAUCUGAUCGGGCAUAGCCUGGGAGCACACACAGCUGGCUAUGCGGGGGCCUUCCAAGCUGGAUUUGGUCGCAUUACCGGUAAUCACUAA